UAUGCCAUACCAUCGGUGGGGUAGGGGCCAAUGUACGGGUCCUAUAAUCAAUGAGGGCACGAUUGGCCGAACUAUGAGUUCUUCAGGAAGUCACACUGUCGUUCAAGAAAAGACAUGUGUUGUGUAUCACAUAAUCCAUUUUACCACAAGUAAUCAUCUCCUCCUCUCCUUGUCUCCUUUCACAGAUUCCAGUUACCACGUUACGCUCUGCCGAGCUGGUUCUGCCUCAGAUAAUACUUCAGGAGGUUCCUGUAUCCUUGGAAAUCCUACAGUCACUACUUCUAGCUUUAAUACUCUUGGUAUUUCCUCUGGAUCGAAUCUACAAUCUGGAUCAGUGACAGGAUCAGCAAUUGUGAUCAAUCCAGCAACAUCUCUUGUCUCUGCAAGUGGCAAUACGAGUUGUAGUAAUAGCUCAGUUCAAUCCUCAAACUCCCGUCUGCAAGUUGGACUCCAAGCCUCUCUUCAUGUUCAACAAUGGCGUUUGUGUUUGAUUGGUGAACCGUCGGCUGGAUGUCAAUUCAUUGCCCAAUGGAGGCUAGAUGCACUAGAUACUGCCUAUACUAUGGACAGUAGUAGCAGUAGUAACGCACAGAAUACAUUAUCUGGAAUGGGUAUGGAGCAGGGACAAAAUUUCUUGGGAUCUACUCCACCUGGAACUCAAAGUGCAAUUGGUGGUUUCGCCCCGGGAGUCACCCCUCAUGAGGAUAGGUUCUUUUUUGUGGCAAAUCGUGCUGCUGGAAAAGGUCUCAUGGGGAACUACGUCUUUCAAGUUGAUGGUCGACGACUGGACCAAUUAUCCCUCGCAAUCGACGAAUUAAUGCUCCGACGCAUUCCUGCACUAACAGCCCCUCCUGGUACCCGCGUUCUUCCCAGUACCACUAAUUCUGAAGACUCUCACACUGAUUCCCUCCAUCUUUGCAAAUCUGCCGCAAUCGAUAUUCGAGGAGGUCCAGGAAAGAUGGGAGGCCUCCCCUUCUCACAGGCUGCCUCCUCAUCCUCCCUGUCCCCUCCUGGUACUGGUGGAGGGUCAGUUUUCGGGGGUUCAGCCUCCCCUCAAGGACUUUCUGGACUCCCCGGGUCGACAGCGUCGGCUUUCGCACCCUCCAGUCUUCCCACGCGUGGAGGUCACAUAAUCACAGGUCCUGCUUCUGGUCUGGAGGAUCUCCAACAACAAAGCUCCCAGCAACAGCAUUCUUCCUCCGCAUCCUCAUCUUCACGGUCUAAGAAGUCCACUCAUCAUCGACAACUAUUUGGAGCACAAACCCUGGGGCGUUCGGACGCGAUUAAGAUCCCAACUCGAAGGUUUACAACAGCCCUAUGGAAAAUGACUGGAGAGGGUUGUGGCUCUUCGCGCGGUCGAUCAUCUUCCAAGGCAGGUUCUGGAGAUGGGAGUGCAGAAGGUGGCAGCUCUUCUGAUACUUCCACGCAAAUGAAACCCCAGCCCUCUCUCUAUUUUCCUUCCGUUAUGGUUGGUGCUGGAAUCAUAACAUCACUUGUUCCCGCUCCCCCUCCUCAACUCCAAUCCUCCGUCCGUUCCUCGGAUGGUGUCUUUGGACAGGUUUGUCAAACGACCGCUCCUCCCCCAAGGUCGAAGGUCAGGCCUGAACAACUUCCCCCAACCCCACUUCAAACCUCAUCUCUGACGCCUCUACCACCACCGCCUCCACCUCCCUCUUGCCUGGUCUGCGAUCGAUGUCAACGGAGAUCACAACGAAGAGAGGGCGUUGGCGGGCAUCAAAAAACACCCUCAUCGAUCUCCUCCGAGGAGUUUGUCGGUUUGGGCAGUGCUGCUAUGGAUAUCUUUGCUGCGGAUGAAGAUGCUGACCAGUCCUCCACAUCACCACCUCCAGUACAAAGGGAACGAAUUCCCCCUUCUCCUCCCGAAUUCUAUGCAUUAUGCAAACUCCUCUUCCGAACUGUGCAUCCCUUCCACAAAAACCGUCGGCUCUUCCGAAGUGGCUCCCUCGACAUCUGUGCAGCGCGUCGUCGAAAAUUAUUCAGAGAGAGGGUCUUUGAAGCUCUUGGUGGUGGUGAAGGUAGCACUCUGGAUCGAAUUCUUCUCAAAGUUGCUCCUCUUCAUGCCCAGUCGAAAUCCUGUGUAUUCCUCCUUGUCUUCUCCCCACCCUUGAAAUCUCCUUCAAUGGAUGAAAUGGAUUACCGAUGGUAUCUUGUUCAUCGACCUGGUAACUGCUGUCCACGAUGCUGUUUAUGGAAUACUCCCAUUCUUCUGUCUGAACUCAACCUUAAGGAUGUGGUUACUAAUCAGAAUAGAAUUCUAAUGCUUGAUAAGAAGGAGCUGAGUGCAACGACGGAUCUGGAAAGACAGAUUCCUUGUGGCGGUGUUCCUUGCUUAUCUACCUCUGGAUUCUUUGUUUGGAGAUUUUCUGAAAUGGUAAACCUUCUAACAUGACAUUUAUUUAUAUCGAAUGGCAGGCGUUUCGAUAGUUAUCAUUAACCCCCUAAUUGACUUCGGGCUUCACAUCGAGGAAGGAACAUCAAAGUGAGAAAAAUUGAGAAGGGGGGGGGGGUGAAUAG